AUGACGCUGUCCUGCUGGGGCUCGUGGACAGAAGGCUCCUUAUCCCACAGUGCGUCUGCCGCCCUGACACUGUCCUGCUGGGGCUCGUGGACAGAAGGCUCCUUAUCCCACAGUGCGUCUGCCGUCCUGACGCUGUCCUGCCGGGGUCCUGGGGAGAAGGCUCCUUAUCCCCCAGUGCGUCCGCCCGCCCUGGCGCUGUCGGGCUGGGGUCCUAGCGUUCGCCUACUCCGUGAAGACACGAUCAAGGAGGAGCACGGUGUGAAGUCAGCCGUGACCCACAUCCACAGCGAGACCUCCGUGCCCGACCAUGUCGUCUGGUCCCUGUUCAACACCCUCUUCAUGAACCCCUGCUGCCUGGGCUUCAUAGCGUUCGCCUACUCCGUGAAGUCUAGGGACAGGAAGAUGGUUGGCGACCUGACUGGGGCCCAGGCCUGUGCCUCCACCGCCAAGUGCCUGAACAUCUGGGCCCUGACUGUGGGUAUCCUUGUGACAACUGCACUCACCAUCCUUUCACCAGUAGUUCUGUGAUAAUAUUCCAAGCAAUUUCUCAGAUGACAAAGAAUCUCCAAGGCCAGUAGUAGCACCCAGGUACUCACCAUCCACUGCUGGUCCUGCCCCCGGAGCCGCGUCCUGUGUCAGCCCAUUAUCCUCACACACUUUUCCACAGUGGCAUUCAGUAAAGUGCAGGUGUUUCUGGUGCUGUGGAAGGCAGGAUACAGUGUCAGGAAAAAAGGCUCAAAUCUGCCUGAAAGUGUCCAGUGUUUAAGCUUCUAUAUAAGCCAAGAGGAAAGAUGGCUUAGCAGUGAACAGAAAGCAGCUGUUUGUUCCCUUCCUCCUCCAACCACCCGGCGUCAGCGAUAAGAGGGUUCCUAGAGGCAGCAAAGUUCUGCUGCGUUUGAAUCCCAAAUUUCUUGCUCACGCCUAAGCCAUUAUAUGAAGCCACAAAGAAGAGGAAAGAAGGAGACGCUCCUCUAGGAGGCUGACCAGGAGA